AUGGAGACACUCUCAAUCAACAACGUUGACAGAAUUUCACAGUUACCAGAUUCACUUUGUCACCAUGUCUUGUCGUUUCUCUCCGCUGCAGAUGCUGGAAUGACUGUUUUUCUUUCGAGGAGAUGGAGAUUCUUAUGGUAUUCGAGCCCGGUAUACAAUUUUGAUGAGAAAUACUUUGUCAAUACGAUAAGUUAUUCGAGCCCGGCGAAUUUUUUGAUGUUCUUGGAACGGACAUUAGCACACCGCCAAUGGUAUUUCAAUCAUUUAGGCAUCGAAAAAUUUAGGAUAUACAUGAGAAUGUUUUAUGAAUUAAAUCCUUUGGCCUUGAACUGGGUAGUGUUUGCUUUGAAUUGUAACGUGAAAGAAUUAGUUAUUAUUAAUGAAGGAAUAGACUGUCCCACAAUUCCUUCUACAUUGUCUGAUGCUAUCUUCGUUGCAAAAUAUAUUACAAAACUGGAAAUUAGCCACCUUUAUUUGGAGGAAAUUUCAGUUUCUGUGAAUCUGCCUUCUCUUCAAGAACUGGUAUUACGAGGCACGUUGAUAAGUGAUUCAACAUUGCAAAAGAUCAUUUUUGGCUGUUCUAUAGUUAGAAAAAUAUGUCUUGAAUUAUUGCAUGGAGGGGAGAAAAUUAUGAUUUCCAAGGAGACACUCGUCGAAUUGAAUGUUUUUCGGUGCCUUCAUGUGGAGUUUUACAUCGAAUAUGCACCAAAUCUUAAGUUAUUUGCCUACGAGGGAGGAAGAAUAGAACGAAAUAAAAUUGGGAUUUCAGCAUUGGGAAAUUUGAGAUCAUUGAGUCUAAUAGAAGCCCGUGUGAUGGAUUCUGUGCUGGAAGAUCUUGUUCUUGAAUAUCCACUCCUAGAAGAAUUAGUAAUAGGAUAUUGUUCCACCGUUAAGAAGUUGCUCAUUUCUUCCCCAAAACUCGAGAGUUUUGUUUUGUUUGGGUGUGAAUUAUUGGUUGAGGUGAAAAUAGACGCUCCAAAUCUACUGAAAUUAGAGUAUCGUGGAGAAUUGGUGAAUUUUUCAUCAGUAAUAUCAUCACCUCUACUCGAGGUUUCAAUUCAUCUUGAACGUAAUAAUCAUAGUUCAUCAACAGAUUGGUACCCGAAACUGAAAGAUUUGUGCGAAAAAUUACAGUAUUCGAAAGCGUUGUUGCUGGCCUGUCACGAAGAUUUGGACUUGAUCGUACCCAAAAAAAUGCGAAAGAGGCUCCUUCCUCAACUGCAUGCCCUCAGGCAUUUGAAGGUCAAAAUCACAAUUUCAUUAGAGAGAAAUGGCUGGAAGCUGGAAGAAGGACUGCGCUGGAUUUUUCCUUGUCUCAGAACCCUUGACAUAGUUAGCUGUUUCAAUUGUUUUGAAAAUCACUACGAGUAUAAAGAGGAUAUGCUUCAACUUCUUGGUGGAACUGCUGGGCUUUCAUUAGAGGAGCAUACAGUUCCUUGA